GGUUGGAUUAGAUAUAACUUUCGAACUUUUAUAGGAUCAUGCGAAGAACUCAUUCAACCUAUUUUAAGCGGAGGCGUCUAUCAUUAUUUCUUGUCUCUCAAAACUCUUCAGGGGCAAUUGGUGGCCGCAGGCUAUAAAGAAGCAGUUCACAUCGCGACUCAGGCUGCGCGUCAACCCUUUUCCUGCUAGUUAGGCCAGUAUAUUAUUAAUCAGAGCACGUGAAACAGCAACAUGAGGUGGACGACAGUCUUGCAUAGAGAAACGCUGGGUGGGAAAAGAGCAAAGUGCGUUCUGUCCUGAUGCACGGAGGGAAAUGGGCUACACGGUCAACGGUCAAAUAGCCAACAAUAAAAUGGAAAGAGUUACCCAAAGGCACCGAUUUUUUUGGGCCAGUCAUAAGAAGCGAUAGUCACAAUUCGAGAAGUUGGUGGUUCGAAGCGCCAGUGUUUGUUGUCAGGACACAACUGUUAAAAUGCUGCUGAUGUUAAGCCGAGAAAGCCGGUAGGGCGUCGUUUUUAGUGUCCAAUAGGCGUAGCAUGCUGCAGACAGAGCCCUUUUUCCACUUGAGUCAGAGUUUAUUACUGUGCACGCACGGUCGCGUAGUUAUCAGUGUUAAAUUGCAGACGCAUAUUUGCAGCCAUGAUUCGGUACGCACGCAAAGUCUUCCCGUUGGGCAACGUGAGACCCUUUUCGACUGGACUGAGAUCUAUUUAUCAUAAAACGUUGGAUCAUGUGGAGCAGUUGCUGCCUGCGAGAUUAAGACCAUUCUACAAUCACCCAGCAGGUCCAAAGACGGUCUUCUUUUGGGCCCCAUGGUUUAAAUGGGGUUUGGUGGUUGCUGGUCUUGCUGACCUAACACGCCCUGCAGAGAAACUCAGCACAUCCCAGUCUGCUGUUCUUACAGCCACAGGUUUCAUCUGGUCGCGGUACUCCUUGGUAAUCAUCCCAAGGGUCUGGAACCUCUUUGCAGUAAACUUUUUCCUUGGUCUUGCUGGAUCAUCUCAGCUAUUCAGGAUUUGGAGGUACAACCAGGAACAAAAAAACCUCUAGAAGUUUUGGAUCAGAUUAGACCUUAACACACCCCCAACAAAAGUGGAGAGAAAGACAGAUGUGUGGUAAUAAUAGCCAUACUUUCCUUAUUAAAAGACUGUUUCUCAA